AAACUUUGAGAGAGAGAGAGAAAGAUAUGUACGGUACAAUAAAACAUAUUGGAAUGAUGCAAUCCACGGAAAUAGACUAGUUUUGUUGUGGUGCAUCGGUUAGAUUUAAGAUUGCUCGAAAAGUCCAAUCCCAGCAGUUAAAAAAGGUCUUGUCCCAGGCUUUGGAGUAAAGGUGUUACACUUCUCCUCCGGCAAAUAUUGUGGCACGCCUCUUGCCUGUUCAACAAGCCCCCAGGCCCUAAAAGAUGUUGCACAAAAUUCUAACUCUCUGACAGUUAUAAGUCAUAUUUAAAGACCCCAAUAAAAAAUAAAAACUUACAUAUAUAAGUUGAAUAUCAUGAACUUGUAUAUUAGCUAUUAAACUGGUACAAAAUGAGUUCAACGUCAAAGAUCAGGCAUUGAGCUUAAGCGGAAAAAUAGUACACGGCCAGACAGGGGUUGGAACCCGGGACCCUCCAAUCACAGGUCCAUACAAGAUGGGAAAUGCCGGUCCCUCAGGCCCUGCUGACAUGGAGUCUGCAGAAGCCAAGUAUAUACAACAAACUGUCAAAGACAACUGUGUGGUCAUCUUCUCCAAGUCAUACUGCCCCUAUUGUGAUGAGGCAGACAAAAUUUUCAAAAGGCUUCAAGUGCAAACCACAAAAAUUGAACUGGAUGACAGAAAAGAUGGAGAAAAAUUGCAGAAUAUACUAGGGCACAUGACAGAUGCAUAUACUGUUCCUAGAGUGUUUGUGAAUGGAAAGUGUAUCGGUGGCGCUUCAGAGACCAAACAGCUACACAAGAAAGGACAGUUGGAAGAACUUAUCAAACAGUGUGGGAUGUGUAGCUGAGGAUUUGGAGUCUGAACAUAUUUGUCACAGUUUAAUUAUCAAUACCAACUCUACUCAGGAUGUGUACCAAGUCCUUUUUAAUUGGUUAACUGGAUCAUUGUUUAUAUGAAAAGAAGAUAUAUAUAUAUAUAUAUACAAUAUGGGCAAAGAAGUAGUAACGACAAAGCUGUAUUAUUGUCUCAUGGUGAAUGUUUUCUGUUCUAUGUUGUGAUAUGCAAAUUUUCAUGUUCCUGUCUUGAUAGAGGAGCAGAUCGCCAUGAAAGUUUGACAAAUUUCUGUGUCUGUACUGUUGUUAUUACUUCUUUGCCCAUAUAUUCUAUUUUAGUAAUACACAUCCAACCAACAUUUAUUUGUUGGGAUCCAGUGCCAAUAUUGGAUCAUACUGUCGUUAUUACUCAUGAGACCUAUAUAUAUAAGAAGCACCACAUGCAUCAUGUUAACAUCCCUAAAACAAUGUUAACAUAUCUAAACCAGUGCCUAUAGAACAAGCGUUAUUGUGAUACACAAUGGUAUAUAAAGUAUAAAUCUUAUUCAUAUUUAGGAAGUCACUUAAACAUUAUUGUACAAUCAUAUUUUAAUGAAAAGUACCUUGAUAGAAACAUGUCUUUUUUGGGUGUACCCAUUUAACCAAUGGUAAUAAAGAUAUUAUUGACUUGUUUUGUAUUGUGCAAUAAACUGUUCAUUACAUGUAC